ACAACAGAUUCAGAACACUCAGAUUGCAGAGGAGAAUGUGAAACGGCCUGGAACAGAAACAGGGACAGAGUUAUCGUCAAAAACAAUUACUGGAAUUUAUGGAAAUGCGCAAAGACGCGCGCGGUUCUUUGGCACACUGGGGACCAUCGAUGGAAUGUAGAAGUGUCUACUUUUAAGUCAAUCAUUGGAUUAGACACAACUGAUUUCGGAAUUGUCGCUGUGAGGAUUACAAUUAUGAUAUACGUCUUAUUUUUGUUGUGCCUCGUCCAUGUGUCAGGUGCGGUGACAGACCUGACCGUCAUCUCCAACGCUGAGGCCUCCACCCCUCAGCUCUUCUCCAUCUCCUGCCUCACUGGGGAGCGGGACGCAGCAGAGCUAGACCUGGACAUCAAGAAGGACAACAGCAUCCUCAUCCUCUCCUCACGGCCACGUUACAGAGUCAAAAGGCCCAAGACCAAGGAGGUGGUGGCGAACGAGUUUGUGGGUGUGAUGGACCUAACAGGCAUCUUCUACUGCCAUGCGUCCCAGGGAACUGAUCCUCUUAUAAACCUGGGUAAAGUGACUCUCAUCAACAACUUCGCCAAAGCCCUGUUUGUCCCGGCCCACCUCACGGUGACAGCAAACAGAGGCGACACAGUUCACCUGGCCAUGCAGGUCCUGAGCUCCCAGAGGAGAGACGUCACCUGGAAAUACAACGGUAACUAUCACUACACGACCCACUGGGGUGAUGUGUCCAACAGUACGGCUGUACUAACCCUGGAGGAUGUGGCUAAAGCCAACGAGGGCAUCUACAGUGCCAGCUUCGUGGGAGACAGUCCCAUCAAUGGAGCCUGGAUGAGGCUGAUUGUCAGAGACUGUGGCAGUAAGAAGUGGGGUGCCGACUGUGACAAGGACUGUCCAGAGUGUCUCAACGGAGGGGUGUGUCACCACCGGGACGGGGACUGCAUCUGCCCACCGGGGUUCAUGGGGAUGCGCUGCGAGACAGCCUGUAGAGAGGGAAUGUUUGGGCUUAACUGCCAGGAGUCAUGCAAGCCAGAGAUGGACUGUAGAGGGCUGAGGUUCUGCCUGGCUGAUCCUUACGGAUGCUCCUGUGCCAGUGGCUGGUCUGGGAACCACUGCAACAGAUUCUGCCACAGGGACAUGUACGGGGCAGACUGCAGGCUGCGCUGUAAGUGUAAGAACGGUGGAGUGUGUAACCGUUUCAGUGGAUGCCAGUGUCCCACUGGCUGGAGAGGACGGCACUGUGAGAAAUCAGACCGCGCCCCCCAGAUCUUGGACAUGGCCAGUGGUCUAGAGUGGAACCUUCACUCCAGCCCCAAGAUCCUGUGUUCCGCCACAGGCAACCCCCUGCCCAGCCACACCAGCAUUGAGCUGCGCAAACUGGACAGCACUGUGAUCAAGGCGUCUCGUACUACCAUGGACUCCAAUAAGAGCACAGCCCAGUUUGAUAUUCCCCGUCUGUCCACUGAGCAUGCUGGGUUAUGGGAGUGUAGGGUUUCCACCAAUGGGGGACAAGACUCAAGGAAGUUCAACCUCAGUGUCAAAGAGCCACCGUGCCCCAGCACCCCUCCCAAGCUGCUGGAGAAGAGGAGUAAGCAGCUGGUGGUGAUGCCUGUGGAGUCCUACAGAGGAGACGGACCCAUCGACUCCACCAAGCUCCUCUACAAGCCCAUGGAGACAGGAGACUCCUGGUCCUCCAUCAUAGUGUACAGUAGAGAGCCUAUAACUCUGAUGAAUCUGAAGCCAUCUACACGCUACCACGUCCGUGUCCAGCUAACCCGUCCUGGGGAGGGAGGGGAGGGGACUCUGGGGCCUGAGGCCAUCAUGGAGACUGACUGUCCAGAGCCCACUCUUCGACCAGAGAUUGACUUCAGCUCGCUGGAGGGCCGCAACGCCACUGUGCGCUGGCUGUUGCAUGGCAACGCGGACAGGGCCAGCGGGUUCUUAGUGCAGCUCUUCGGGCCCUCCCCCUCAGGAGAGAAGCUGAGAGAGGAGACCACCCUGCUCAAUGUGCUCUCCACCAAGUUCUACAACCUGCAGUACCACCAAGACUACACAGUGGUCGUCAGGCUGCUCAACUGUGGCAGUCUGGGGCCCGCCUCUAAGCCGUACAGCGUCCGCAUAAACAGCCAGGGUCCCUCAUCUCCUCGGAACGUCCAGGCUCUGCCCCUGUCUGUGUCUGCGGUGCAGGUGAAGUGGCAGCCCCCUGAGGACCCUAACGGGGGCAUAGUGAAGUACAUCAUAGAGUACCAGUCGGUGGGACAGGGCAGCCUGCACCCCUGGGUAGAUACUGACGAUGGCAACAGGACAGCUAAAGAUGUGACAGCGCUCAACGGGAGUACUCUGUACCAGUUCAGAGUGAGGGCCUUCUCUAAAGUACCCGGGGAGUGGAGCAAGUUUGUCCAUGCCAGGACCCAGGGAGACGGUCCCCAGGACUUCACUCCUACCACCCAGGGUGUGGGGGGGCUUCCAGGCAGUGAGGGCUACCAUUUGUUGGUAGCUGUGGUGGGGUCUGUGACGGUCACCUGUGUCACCAUCCUGCUGGCCCUGCUGGCUCUCUUCUGCAUCCGCAAAACUCUGCUCAACCGCAGACGCACCUUCACUUACCAGUCUGGAUCGGGAGAGGAGACCAUCCUCCAGUUUAACAGUGGGACCCUGACCCUGACAAGGAGGCCGAAGCCUACCUCUGAGCCCCUCACCUACCCCAUCCUGGAGUGGGAUGACAUCAAGUUUGAAGAUGUGAUCGGAGAGGGCAACUUCGGACAGGUCAUCAAGGCCAUGAUCAAGAAGGACGGGGCCAAGAUGAGCGCUGCUAUCAAGAUGCUAAAAGCAGAGUUUGCCUCGGAGAAUGACCACCGGGACUUUGCAGGAGAGCUGGAAGUGUUGUGUAAACUGGGCCAACAUCCCAACAUCAUCAACCUCAUAGGAGCCUGUGAAAACAGGGGGUACCUGUACAUUGCCAUUGAGUACGCCCCAUAUGGAAACCUGCUUGACUUCUUGCGUAAGAGCCGGGUCCUCGAGACAGACCCUGCCUUCGCCAAGGAGCAUGGCACAGCCUCCACCCUCACCUCACAACAACUGCUGCAGUUCGCUGUCGACGUGGCCACUGGCAUGCACUACCUUAGCGACAAACAGUUCAUCCACAGAGACCUGGCAGCGAGGAACGUUUUAGUGGGAGACAACCUAGUGGCCAAGAUAGCAGACUUCGGUCUGUCCCGAGGGGAGGAGGUCUACGUCAAAAAGACCAUGGGGAGGUUGCCAGUGCGUUGGAUGGCGAUAGAGUCCCUAAACUACAGUGUGUACACCAUCAAGAGUGACGUGUGGUCUUUCGGUGUACUUUUAUGGGAGAUAGUGAGUUUAGGUGGUACUCCCUACUGUGGGAUGACCUGUGCUGAGCUCUACGAGAAACUCCCCCAGAGCUACAGGAUGGAGCAGCCCAGGAACUGUGACGACGAAGUGUAUGAGUUAAUGAGGCAGUGCUGGAGAGACCGGCCGCAUGAGAGACCUCCUUUCUCUCAGAUCUCUGUACAGCUCAACAGGAUGCAGGAGGCCAGGAAGGCCUACGUGAACAUGGCGCUCUUCGAGAACUUCACCUACGCCGGGAUAGACGCCACGGCCGAAGAGGCCUGACUACCAGCCCCCACAGCCCCCGGCAGGUCACGUAGCCCACGGGAGAGGCCCCGGGGCUCAGCCCUGCGUUACUGCCGCCCCCCCAGCUGCUGCCCAACGUGGGGACCGAUGGAGUAGCAGACGAUCCACCUGGACCACAAGGGUAAAGAGGGUGAAAGGUGAAAGGACACUGUGGAGGUCUUAUGGGGGCUGGGAAGGGAGAUGUGGAACUGGACACUGCAGUCCUUUCUGAAGGAGAGUAUAGAAGAAUGAGGGGCUGCAUGACGUGCUUAACAACCCUGCCAGGUGGGUUGGCGGGUGGGGCUGAGGGUUGCCUUUGGGGGCGUGUUUGGGAAAUGUGACACUAGUCUUGGGACACGUUGUGGUCCUUGUUUGGAGGACAGGAUGGACAAGGAAGAUGCUCCAUGACAUGAUACUGUACUGCCGGAGUCACAUGCUAUUACACUGCCAGAGUCUGAUGGGUGCUCAAUGAACUUACAAGCCCUUCGUCAAAACGGAGAGAGGACUUUUUUUUUUGUGGACAUAUGCUCACACGUGUAGUUCGCUGUCCAUUCUGAGAGAUGGAUUGAGAUGGAUCCGACUGGGGAAAAAACACUAUGUUGCACUUGUCUAUUCACUUAUUUCUUGUUUUGUUGUAGGGGAGAGUGGGGUAAGCUGAACACUUUUUUACAUUCAUCAUCACUCCGUUAAGGGAAAUAUAGUAUCUUUCCAUCAACAAUAUCUACAUAUAUUUCAGGAUGUUGUGUAUCCCUGGAAGUAAUAAAUAUGCAUGUAAAAAUGAGUUUUGAAAACAUAGUGUGACCAAAAAAAGUGGUCUCUUGGUGACACCUACCUGUGUACUGAAUUAACUAUUACCACUACAUGUUAAAUCAUCAAGCAUAUUUAAACACAGGCUUAACACCGAACAAACACUUUAUUCUCGUUUUUGACACUUAACAUAGGCCCUGUCGUCACCUCAUAUCCCAGUGAUAAAUGCAUUAUGCCUGGAAAGAAAACACUUGAAUUUGCUCAACUUGCCAUUGGCUCAACUUAACCCAAGGCAAACAUUUUGACUAUAUUAGCCCACACAGCUACAAGGAUGAACUUUCAUGCUCGGUUUAGGCCCUCAUAUUGAAGCUCCCGUAGGGUGGUGCACAAUCGGCCCAGUGUCGUCGGGGUUAAGGUUUGGCCAGGGUAGGCCAUCAUUGUAAAAAAUAAUUUGUUCUAAACUGGCGUACCUAGUUAAUUAAAGGUUAAAUAUUAAAACAUGUAAAACAUCUAGAAACCCCAACUGAUCCAUAGAACAAUCUUAAAAUGAUCUACUUUGGUUUAGAUUAAAGCAUCAUGAAAUCUCUAACACAUUAAAUGUAUUUGACUUGGUGAAAAUCAGUUUUUUUUUUUUUACCUAACCUGCUUAUCAUUUUUGACCUCUUCCUAAAUAUUAGGUCAAAAAUGAUUUAUUUUUGUGUAUUGUUUCCUAGAAACAAGGGUGGCUCAACUUACCCCACUCUCCCCUGUAUCGCUUGCUUUACAUAAGUAUGUACCUCCUGUACUGUAUUUGUUCCUUAGCGUGUCCUUAUCGAGUUAUAUCAUCCUCUUGUAAAAGUGUAGUAUAAAUCUUUUAUACAGACAAUUUGUUUACCUUUUUUGACAUACUGUAUGCUACCUGUAUCCCUUUGGAUGGUGUAUCUACUGGAACUACUCUGUGAGAAAAGGGUUUGUUAUCUUUAAUAAAACCUCUCAGUGGUGACUGA